CAUGUAUAAAGUAUCCAACACAAUCUACUGGUCCCUUUGUUGAACCUAACAUGUAUAAAGUAUCGAAUACAAUCUACUGGUCCCUUUGUUGAACCUAACAUGUGUAAAGUAUCGAACACAAUACAAUCACGUGGUCCCUUUGUUGAACCCUAUGUCUAUCAUGUAUAAAGUAUCCAACACAAUCUACUGGUCCCUUUGUUGAACCUAACAUGUGUAAAGUAUCGAAUACAAUCUACUGGUCCCUACGUUGAACCUAUAAUGUAUAAAGUAUUGAAUACAAUCUAGUGGUCCCUAUGUUGAACCAAACAUGUAUUAAGUAUCGAACACACUCUAUCAGUCCCUUAUUGAACCUUGCAUGUAUAAAGUAUAGAAAACAAUACAAUCUAGUGAUCCUUAUGUUGAAACUAACAUAUAUAAAGUAUCCAACACAAUCUAAUGGUCCCAUUGUUGAACCUGACAUGUAUAAAAUAUCGAACACAAUACAAUCACGUGGUCCCUACGUUGAACCUAACAUGUAUAAAGUAUUAAAUAAAAAUCUAGUGGUCCAUAUGUUGAACCAAACAUGUAAUAAGUAUCGAACACACUCUAUCGGUCUCUUAUUGAACCUUGCAUAUAUAAAGUAUAGAAAACAAUACAAUCUCGUGGUCCCUAUCUUGAACCUAACAUGUAUAAAGUAUCGAGCACAAUACAAUCCAGUGGUCCUUUUGUUGAACCUAGCAUGUAUAAAAUAUCACACUAUACAAUCUAGUGGUCCCUAUGUUGAACCUAAUAUGUAUAAAAGUAUCGAACACAAUCUAGUGGUCCCUUUGUUGAACCUGACAUGUAUAAAGUGUCGAACAGAAUGCAAUUUAGUGGUAUCUUUGUUGAAACUGACAUGUACAUGUAUAUAGUAUCGAACACAAUAUAAUCUAGUGGUACCUAGGUUGAGCAUAACCUGUAUAAAGUAUCGAACACAAUACAAUCUAGUGGUCCCUAUUUUCAACGUGAUAUUUUUCAAAUCACCCACACAACGAUUUAUGUAUUGAAAUCUUGGGGUUUUAAAAUGCUGUCAGUAGUUGACACAAAGCUUUUUAUCUAAAUAACUAAUAACUAAUCUAGCUCAUUUUCCACCGCAUGAUUUCAAUAGGCCUACACAAGAAGUUGUGGAGGCCAUUUGGAAAAUCAACCACACAUUUAUGGGGGUAACCUUGAUCCACACGUGGCUACACUUAGGAUAAAAUGUUUAGUAUUCCCACACUGCAGUAUUUCUGUUUCAUCUAUCGUGGACAGAAUCUCUACGGGUUAUUUACCAAUCCCAUUUCUUGUUCUGUAUCAUUCUGACUUCUUUUAUCUCUUUUCCUGCGACAUCUUUCAAAUAUUACAGAUGGUUCGAAUGAUGGUAAAAAUGGAACACAGGCGCACAUUGAGGUACGCUUUAAGCAAGGUGUUAUGAGUGGCAAAUCGUAUGUCUUGUUCUCACUUUCUGCUAUGCUGUUGUUGCUUUCGUCUUUUUUGAUAUCAUGAUCUUGUCUCCAGGCAACAAGACCGCGUUCUUCUGGUGUACC